GUAAGAAAGAAGAAAAGUGCUACAUAUAUCAAUUACCACAGUCUAGGGCAAUGUCAACAAGUGAAAGUAAACAUAUUUCCAUGGUCCACACCACCGGAAGUCAUGCCACGAUGAAACACUUUAUUUUUUCAACACAAUGCCCUUCUAAAUUACAAAGGCCGUCUUCCCUCCAUUGGGACCAUUCAUUCACAUUAUGCUCUCACCUUGUGCUUCCAUGGCAAAACCAAAGCUUCACUUGCUGUCCUUUCUCUUGUGCACCAUCUUGCUAAGCUUCUUCCACUGCACAUUUUCACUGAUCAACCCAGAGGAUGAGACCAGCUGGAUUGACAUGGAAACUGAAGACAUUAACGUUGUGCAAAGCUUAUUCUUCAAUGGCUUUCCAUGCUAUGGAUUUUGAGACAUCAAUUGAGUUCUUCUGGGCACCAUUGUUGGUAGAACUGAAGAAAGGGGCUGGCAAUAAGAGAAUUCUACAUUUGGAUUUGAUUGAAGAGAAUGCAAGGUGUUGGAAGGGAGUUGAUGUUCUUGUUUUUGAUUCAGCCCACUGGUGGACUCACUCGGGCCAAACACGCUCGUGGGAUUAUUACAUGGAGGGAAAUAGUAUCAUCACAAACAUGAAUCCUAUGGUUGCCUGUCAGAAAGGACUCAGUACGUGGGCAAGGUGGGUGGAUCUUAAUUUGGACCCUAGAAGAACUCGAGUUAUUUUCCGAAGCAUGUCACCUAGGCAUAACAGGCUAAAUGGUCGGAAAUGCUAUAAGCAGAGGAAGCCAUUACAAUUUUUCAGCCACAUACACGUUCCUGAACCACUGGUAGUGCUAAAAGGAGUGCUAAAGAGAAUGAGAUUUCCAGUAUAUCUGCAAGACAUUACAACAAUGACUGCUUUCCGAAGAGAUGGACAUCCUUCAGUGUAUAGCAAGGCAAUGAGUGAAGAGAGGCAGAAAGGCACAGGUCUUUCCUCUGAUUGCAGCCAUUGGUGCCUCCCUGGGGUGCCAGACAUUUGGAAUGAGAUGCUCAGUACAUUGAUCUAACUAUGACAUAAAUGGAAUGUCCAUGGAAAAUGUAAGCAGUGUUAAACAACUCAUCUAGAUCAGGGUUUGUUUUUAUCAUCUAGAGAGCCUCGAAGGACAUGGUUGUUUGAGUGUUUUUUUAUUAUCAAUGUUAUCUGAUCAAUAACACUGGAUUUGUCAUUCAGAUUUU